AUGGCUACUAUCGAUGUGGUAGAGAUAACGGAUGCGACCAUUGACACUGUCAUAAUCCAUGAAAAAUCAUCUGACAACGGAGAAAAAGUCACGAUACGAACAGAUGCAAUGCUACAUAAGUUUGACCGUACAAGGGCUGCCCAUGCUGCAACAGUGGAAAUUGUACCCAAGGCACGAGACAAACGACAUGCUGCAACCCUCAGCUCUAUCCGAAAGCUACACGAGGAACGAAGUAGCAAUGGGAUGAAACACCUUCUUUUCUCUGCAUUUUUCAACGGAUAUUCGAAUCUCCCUUCGGACCAAGACCUUCACAACUUGGCUUUGUGUCAGUUUCCUCCCCGGGCUCUGCUCAAGGCGCAAGUGUGCGAUUUCUAUCCAAAUCAUGCAGAACUACAGGAAGUUCUUCUUGGGGAUAUUGAAGUCCAGUGGCAGAAUAAGCCGGAGGGUGCUCAAGUCCGUUGGAUACAUGUCCCAGUUGGCAGAGGAAUUUAUCAUUCUUCAAUUGAAGACCUAUUUCGACAUGCAAAUAGCCAGGAACCUCGUCCAUUUGAAAAUGCUGGCCAUGUUGGCUUUGCCUACGUUGAGCUCGAUGCCUUGAAUUUUCGGCAUCGGGUGGAAAUCGAGGACCUUCGUGACACAUAUUGCAUCCUCUCAAAAAUGGAGCAUUUGUCUGGAUCAGAAUUAGAGGCUGACGGUGAUAUCUCAACUUCAGACGCCUCUAAGUCACGAAAUCGACCUGAUCCGCUAGACUGGGAGUGUCUUCGGGGUGAUAGAAAUGCAAGUCUGCGGGGUGAUUUAGAAUGGCGAGCAGAUCAUCUUAACACCGACCUCACAUUCUGGGAACUGGUUGCAUCCGACAUACCCUGGCAAAUCUCAGAUGGGCUUCCAAUAUGCGCGAGCGGGCCCCUAGGUCGAAUCAAGCCACUCAUGAACAGCUGUGAUUUUCGAGUCCUUUCAAGCCAUCCAUCAUUUCUUGACGCCCAGCUCGUCCGAAAUGAGUUCCGGUUUUUCCAUAGACGUGAUGGAUUUCUCUUGACAAUGUCUGCUACAAAAGGCAUCAAUUACCUCGAUGCUCGACUACUAGAAUAUCUCCGACAGUCUCCUGAUGAUAUUCUACUAAAUCCAGGGGCUUCAGCUGUGGGACAAACACUGAAGGAGUUUGCUCAUACUGGGACAAGCACGUGGGAAAAGCCAACUGCUGAAUGGCUGGUGGUUCACCUCGCCACUGAAAUCGGUACAUGUCCACAUAAUGACACCCUUGGCCAUAAUCAGAUUUCGAUUGUGGAAGCAUACCAAAACAUUCUUCGUGACCUUAAACUGCGGACCUAUGAACCCUGGAGGCGUGAUGAGACCGUGCGUCUGACGAGGACAUUCUUGCAGUGCAUGGAGGAGAUCAGGUUUAUGGCCAAGAUGUUGGCGUCGAGACAAGACUUGUUUACCCGCCUGCGUAAAGAUGUUGAAAUUCACGAUACAGAGGACCGAAAAAAUGACGCCCCGCAUAACCCUGACGGCGAGUCUAGUAUACACAGGGUUGAUUGGGCUCUGGGCAAAAUCCGCCAGCAACGGGAUGAUAUUGGAAAUAUUUCCAAUGAAAUCCAAAAUUCCAUGAAUGAUCUCCUUCAUCUCCGCACCAUCGAGCAAAAUGAACUUACUAUCGUUCGCGACAGCCAACAACGCGCAAUCAUGCUCUUUACCGCUGUAACUGUAAUCUUCCUCCCAUUAUCCUUCUGCACCUCCUACUUCGGCAUGAACUUGCAAGGCAUCUCAGACACCUCGCGCUCCGAACAGUACUUCUGGUAUGUUUGUGGGACUGCGGGGUUCUUGGUCGUCAGCAUUAUUUCUGUGUAUGCAUUUUGGCAUCCAGUCAAGGAUCACCUGGCGGUCAUGCGAGAACACCGGAAGGCGAGACGAGAAAUGAAGGCUGAGAGGAUAAAGAGACUGAAGAGGAGAAUUUCUAGUGAGCCUGUGUAG